AUGGCGGGAGGUAACGGCGACAAGGGACAGCGAUACAUCACGUCCUUGGACCAGGCGCGAGCCCAAGGCAGAUGGGAUGAAGUGCCAGAACUCGUACGGAAGAUAACCAAGCAUGCGCCCAGCCGCACUUGUGCUAUCCAGACCGCGACGGCUGAGUCUCAAAUUGUGGCCUAUCUCCAGCAGCAAUCAUCCGCCGAGAGGGUGCCGACGCCAGGACUGACAGAAUUGAUCCCUGCUUUACUCACGACAAUAGAGAAAAAUGAUGGUACUGCCGAGGAGAUUCUACAGGCACAGGUUUGCCUGGGGUGGAUUCAUUGGAUCUCGAGCGAGCCGGCGCUGGCUGUCGGGCAGUUGCCCCAGGAUUUUGCCAAGUGUCUGGAAGAAAUGGCCGGUGCAGGCCAAAGCCCAUCUCCAUGGACGGAGAUCUGCCUGGUGAGGGGCUGCUAUAUCAAGGGUACUGCACAAGUUGCGGUCACCGGAAUGGACGAGACCUUGGAGACAUUUGCGUCCCUGACGACUUGGCUCAGCAAUGGAAAGCUGAGUACAAGCAAUCCUCAAUUUCAAAGCUGGGCGGAGACUUUGUUGUCGAAGGGUGCAAUCAUGGCGAGUGAUGAAACUCGAGCAAACUCCCCAGAUUCAGACCCAAGACAAGUGGAAAUCGCACUUCGACUGUUCCGGCUGUGGGCUGCCCUUCCCGCUGUCAAGCAAGGAUUAACCUCUUCGAAGCCAUCCCAUCUUGAUGCGCCUGCCCCGCACCCCCGGUCCGUUGUGUGGAAGGCAUACUAUGGUCUUCUCACAACUGUCCUUCAGGACGGUCUUCCAUAUACAGCGCCGCAUGAAGGCACGGAGAGACUUCAGUUGGCGAGCGAGUUGAGGCGCAUCGAGUUCAUAUGUGAGAACAGUGUCAUCCGCGACGCCAAAUUCCCAACUGCUAGCUCGGAUAACUCCGAAAUCGAAGCUUGGGUGGAAAAAGUCAUCGGCAAUUGGGAAAUCCUUUGUGGGCCUCACUGGCAGGACCAUGACCUCGGAGAAGGAGGACAGGUUGGCGUGGGACGACACGUCUUAGACAUUCUCUAUCGUGCAGCAUCGAAGACAUAUCACUCUCAUCUGAUUCUGCGUCGCUUAUUCCAUGUCCAUUCGGCGCUCGCGGACUUCGAGCUUGCUCUCCAGGCUCUGGAGUCAUACAUCGAGAUUGUCACUGGUGCCAUGGAAAGGGCUGAAAAAGGGGCCGAGUACGGGGAAUUGGAGAAUCCAGAAACAUUUCUGCAGACGCUUUGUGAAGGAGUGGUCAUGCUAAGUUGUCUUGGUUCAUUCGACGAAGCCGAGAAAGCCAAGAAUUUGACAGAGCUGAUAAGGUCUCAUCUCGAGAAGCAUGGAUCCGGUAUCACACAGGAGCCGUCGGAUGGGACAUUGCUCCUGACCGACGGUAGUCGCUUGUCUCGAACAUCUACGAUCGCUCCGGCUGUCCUGGCCUCAGCCUACCGGGCGGUGGGGAUUGGACUUGCCAACUGGGCGAGCUUCACACCCCAAAAUGAAACGCGAGAUGAGAUUCGCAGCGAAGCGGUGGACUAUUUGAUGAAGAGCGCAUCUCCAUCGCUGGGGAAGUCUAUGAAUUAUGCUACGCUUUACACUUUGUCCCUUGUACUCGCAGAGAACCGCGAUCUGGACACUGCGAUCGAAUACGUCAAAUCUGCGUUGACUUCCCAUGGAUGUUCUGAGACCACGGAAGACUUUUCAAGAGAGCGCGACCUCGUCCCCAUGUGGCAUUUGCUUGCUCUUCUUCUCAGUGCUAAGAAUGAGUUUGAAAUUGCGGAGCGUUCUUGUCAAGCAGCGUUUGAUCAAUUCCCCCUCGAUACAUUCGGAAAGAGUCAUUGGGAUCGAGUCUCAGACAAGCGCACGUCGAGGCCCGACUCCAAUUCAAAUGAUCGUGGAGGUAUUCUCGGUCGACCGCUUGUUGGUCGGCUUCAGGGUCGUGAGAAAGAACGGAUCCUCCAACUCCGCGUGACUCAGCUUUCCUUCGUCGAGGUCAUGGAGGGGCCUGAAGCAGCUGUUAACCAAAGCGGCCAACUAUUGCAACUGUUCGCUACUCUGUUCGGCGAUCUCAAUCUUGAUAGCGAGGACACCAAGCCCAAGGCCGACCAACUGGUCCCACCGAAAAGCUCCGCAGGCACGACAAGGAGUUUCCGGGGCAGCAUCUUCAGUCGCCAUCGCGGAUCUCAUGUAACAGAUCGUCGUGUUGACCCAUUGGCCGUCUCUGGGUCCGCGGUUCCACCAGUGCCCCCCAUUCCGAACGGCAUCGCAGGGGCAGGAGAUGCUCCAGUUAUUCAAGUAACUCAAGACGAGCGUGAUGGCCGUCGAAGUCCAUCCAUUCUCGGAAGAUCCGACUCGCAUAAAGUCAAAAAGCGCGCCAGCAGUCUGCUCAGGCAUGAGAGACCGCGCACGGAAGAGCCGCCAUUGCCCAGUGGACCGUCACCCGCGGACGCAGGGAAUUUCGCCGUCUUGACACCCCACUCGCCUGAGAAGGCAUCGCAUGCCGCAGGAAACGGACAGCCUCUUCACUCAGAUGUCCGUGGUAUGCAAGACCGACAAGAACGAGCUCGAGCUGCCCAUGAUGGUAAUCAACCAUUUAAUGACGUGCGGCUCCCCCGGCCUCACCGGUUUGAUUCCCCUACUCUCGCGACCAUGAAGUUCUCGCUCGCCCAGUCUCAAAAGCAUGCUCUUGGACUACUCGCUCAGAUAUGGCUCGUCAUUGCGGGUAUGUACCGCCGCGCUGCGCUAUUUGACGACGCCCGAGAAGCCUGCCAAGAGGCUUUCAAACAAGCGUCGCGGGUGGAAAUACUGACGGCGUCAAUUGAAUCAUCCGCCAAAUCCCUUAGCAGGCGCGGUUGGGAUUACGCCAAAAGCUCGGACGAGUUGGUCGCAGAUGUUCUGACCGAACAAGGGCUCCUGUCCCAGAGUCAGUCGAAUCCACAUCGGGCAAUGAAGGUCUUUGAAGAAGCCCUCCUGCGGUGUCCAGACCACCCCACGGCCACCAUCGCGCUCGCCAACCUGCUUCUGGAUGUUUGGGACCAGAAGCUGCCAUUAGAGCCUUCCAAUGCUGACGUCGAUCUGACGCUCUCGCGUCUAUCUCUACUGUCUAAUUUGCCGAAGCCUAAAAUCGCGAACGCCAUUUCAAUUGACGAGUUAAUGAAGUCUGAAUCUGAGUCUCAACCGACGAGGGAGACUUCCUCGUCGCCGCAUAAUGUUGACCCCAAGCAUUUACAUCGCCUAGCAGCACGAGACCGCGCUUACGGUCUGCUUUCAUCGCUAACGAAGCUCGGUAGCUCCUGGGAUAAUUCCGACGCCUGGUUCGCUUUGUCACGAGCUUACGAAGCUGGCCAGCAAACUGAUAAACUGAAAGAUGUCUUGUGGUGGUGCAUUGAGCUUGAGGAUCGGCGUCCUAUCAGGCACUGGUCCAACAUCAGCUCGGGACUUUAUGUUCUCUAA